AUGACCUCGGCUUGCGAAACCUCGUCGGCCCAGGCAACUACGAUGAAUGACCACCGACCUCCAAGCGCAAGAAGUUCCAGAAACGCAGCAUGCGUACCGCGACCCAGAACCCAAGGGCCAGUGAGAUAUCCUCCAUUCGAAGACGUCAACGAUGCAGCCGCCAGGGAAGUCGCCAAGUACCAGAUUGAUGUGUUUGGCCGCAUCCAGCAGUGCUGUGAGCACAUACCUUACAACAGUACGAAAAAGGACUUUUUUGAAAAGACUGGACGAGAAAGCAUCGAAGCAUUUACGUAUGAGUUUUGCAUUCCUGGGCAGCAGCUGAAGUACAAGGUGAUGUGGGACUACAACAUCGGGCUUGUUCGAAUGACGCCAUUCUUCAAGAGUCUGGGAUAUGCCAAGACGAAACCGUCCCAGAUGCUGGACAAGAACCCGGGCCUCAGAGACAUCUCUCCCAGCAUCACGGGGGGCUAUUGGAUGCCGUUCCGUUGCGCCAAAGCAGUCUGCGCCACAUUUUGCUAUGAGAUCGCCGGGGCGCUGAUUCCCCUUUUCGGCCCAGAAUUUCCGAUGGAGUGCAUCCCCGCCACCUACCCCGAGUUUGGAGAGAUGAUCAUCAAUCGGCAGCUGGUGGCAGAGGCCACCAUGGAAGCUGAAGCCUCCAGAAACGCCUAUCGGUCGAAAAGAUUCACGACACAGAAUGUGCCGCUGAUAGGCCUAAUCCCGGUGUACGGGCGGUGA